AUGAAAUUAAUAUUUUUGGUUUUAGGUUUAAUUUUAACCUUAGGUUUAGCAUCUGCUCAUCAUAGAAAUAGACAUUCUCAUGGUAAUUAUGAUAAUAAUAAUUAUAAUAAUUAUCAUAAUGGUGGUGAAAUUGAAGUUCAAGAAGUUGCUGUUGAAAGUCAAAUUGUUGUUGAAGAUUAUUCAUAUCAUCCAUAUCAAUGCGGUCCAUACAAUAGAUGUAAAUUAGGUGAAGUUUGUCAAAGAAUUGGUGACCAUUGUCAAUGUUUACCAAUUCCAUCAUACAAGGAUAUUUGUUUAUCUGUAAAGCAAAUUGGUGUAUGGCAAGAUGGUCAGCGUGGAGGUAAAACCUAUUCACAAUGGGAUAUCACAAUUGAAAAUCAUAGUAAUAAAAAUAUUAGAGAAAUUUUCAUUGGGACUGAUUAUACUUUUAGAUUACGUGAUAAUUCUUUAAAUUCUCUUUGGAAUAUGGUUAUGUUACCAAAAGGAAUACUUGCUUUACCAUCCGUUCAAAACUCAAUUAAUGCUCAUGCAUCUUAUACUUUUGGUUUUAUUAUUGACGGUCCUCAAUCACCAAAUCUUCAUAUUUUAAGUGUAUUAUUCCAAUAA